GUCAGGAGCCAUAACUAAUAAGGAUAGAUUAACAAGUUACUGUAGUGUAAGAAGAGCAGAGCAAAGAAUAUAAUACCUAAUCUUUGGGAGUAUUUACCCAGGGGAUCAAUAAUAUUCUAGUGGCCUCAACAAGAACAGGAAGCCUGUGGCUUGUCAAAGGUUCCCCCCCCCCCACCAUUUGUCCUGAUGAUUUUUUCUACCUCUAUUUUAAAACCACAGUUUUGUGAUUUACGGCUGCUUCGGGUAGGCGGUUCCAUGGAUUUACUGUAUAACCUUGUCAGUCCUACAUUGUACCUUGUUGAGCUUGAAAACCAUUGUUCCUUGUUUGUGUUACAUCUGACAUUGUGAAAAAAUUGUCCGGAUCAGCAUUCUCCAAUUUAAGGAUAAAUAAUUAAUAUAAUUAUUAAUUAUGUGUUCGCUAUUACAUAUAUAAGUUUCGAUAAGAUCCACUCUGUCAUGUCAGCUGAAAUUCAAAAUCCAGUUUGAUAAAAUCAUCAGGACAAAUGGGGAGGCCUCUCACGUCCUAUCCUCGUCGAGGCCACUAGAGAGAGAAAAAGAGAGGACGGCCCACAGGUAAAUUCAGGUAAAAAUAUAAAAUACAGCUCAUUGGAGAAGUUUGAACACCGCGCGCCCGUACUGCGAGCCUAACAAAGGAGCAUUGCACUGCGACCCUUGUGUGUUAGGCUCUCGUAUAUCAACACAAGAUGUGUUCCAGCACAUCAUAUUAACACAGGCAUAGAUAUUUAGCAUCUUGGAGCCGUGUCAACUCGAGGAGAGAGCUGUGAAGGAGAAUAUUAACCAUUGUUGUGGUGGAGGAGACGUCGCUCUCAUGUCUGCCUCACACAGUGUUGCCGGGGCCGCCUCAACACAUAUUUAACUCUAAUUACCUUAACCUAGGACCUCUUGACGGGAAUAUUUGCGCGCUCUGCUGUAAAACCUGACGAACGGUCACUCUCUGUGAGGAGACACUGAUAGAUUACUUUGGGAAGCACGGGGAGGAAAGCAGUCAGUAGGAAACGAGGCUCGAGUAAGUUGUUGCAAUAGGAGACUGUAGUGUAUUCUUGCAACAUCUCUCAUCACAGCAAGUUUACCUUUCAACUCAUCAUCUAGAAGAGAGUGUGAUGCAUAUCUUGGACCUCGCUGACAGAUCAAACCAUUUGGAGUAUUUUCCAAGGCAUAUGUUAGUGAUCAGCCAAGGGUUUGAAAGAACAGUAUUACCGCCGUUACCAUUAUUAGUGUGUAAAUGAAUAUUUAAUGAGUGAUAUUUGGCUCGGUGUUAAUCUUGGUGUUUUCUCAUACAUGGGCAACCUUUCCUAGUGACAAAUUCCUUUACAGUACAAAGAAAAAAUUAAGUGCACAAUAUAAAAAGUGUGUUUUUAAAAAUAACAAGGGAGGAACGAUGGCAGACCAUGAGAAGGAUGUCCCACUGCCUCCGUCGCCAGGAAUGGAAGAGAAGCUGGAGAGUCCACAAAAGGAACCUCUCAGGGAAAACUUCGUCAUAUUAAAGAAUAUGUUGAUUAGUCCGGAUGAUACUGUGUUCGAUCAACUACGAUCACAUCUUCAAGAAAAAAUUUGUGAUGGAAAUGGAGAGACACUGUUUGAGGUGGGAGUUGGUGCAGAUGAUUCUGUGUGUGGGUUGCUAGAAGAAGAAUAUGCAGCAUCUGUGGCCACACUGAAGUCACUUGCUGACACCCUUGAAGCUGACUGUAUUUUGCUAAGGGAGAAGAAGUCCAAGACUGGCACUCAGGGCCAGUUUCUUGUGAGAAAAAAGGCAGAUGCUGAAGAUUUUAUGGAAGUUAGAGUGGCAGUUGUUGGAAAUGUGGAUGCUGGGAAGUCUACCCUGCUUGGGGUCUUGACACACGGUGAACUCGAUAAUGGCCGAGGCACUGCACGCAUGAAGCUAUUUCGCCACAAGCAUGAAAUGGAAACUGGGAGAACUUCUUCUGUUGGAAAUGAUAUUCUUGGUUUUGAUAGCCAAGGAAAAGUAGUGAACAAACCUGACCAUGGCCACCUUGACUGGGUGAAGAUAUGCGAGGCUUCCAGCAAGGUGAUCACCUUUAUCGACUUGGCAGGCCAUGAACGGUACCUCAAAACAACGGUGUUCGGUAUGACUGGUCACCUCCCAGACUUCACAAUGCUUAUGGUUGGUGCCAAUGCUGGAGUUGUUGGUAUGACCAAGGAACAUUUGGGUCUGGCUUUGGCUCUCAACGUUCCUGUGUUUGUCAUAGUCACCAAGAUAGACAUGUGCCCGCCAAAUGUUCUCCAAGACACCCUUAAACUCCUUCAUAAAAUUCUGAAGAGUGCUGGGUGCAGAAAAGUUCCACUUCUGGUUAGGAAUGCUGAAGAUGUGGUUGUUUCUGCUACAAAUUUUGUUUCAGAAAGGUUAUGUCCUAUCUUCCAAGUGUCUAAUGUGUCUGGCGAUAACCUGGAUCUUUUGACUAUGUUCUUGAACCUUUUGUCAUCGAGGACACCACAGAAUGACAAUGACCCAGCACAGUUUCAGAUUGAUGAUACUUAUCAAGUUCCUGGUGUAGGUGUUGUGGUGUCCGGAACAUGUAUGAAGGGAAUCAUCAGGGUUAAUGACACACUUCUACUAGGUCCAAAUGGUUUGGGUGAUUUUAUUCCAAUGCCCAUCAAGUCGAUUCACCGAAAACGCAUGCCUGUUCGUGAAGUAAGGGGAGGCCAGACAGCCUCAUUUGCAUUAAAAAAGAUAAAGAUUCAUGAUGUGCGCAAAGGCCAAGUGCUAGUAGAUCCAUCAUUAAAUCCUUCUUCUUGUUGGGAAUUUAAGGGAGAGAUAUUGGUAUUGCACCACCCAACAACUAUUAGUACAAAAUACCAAGCAAUGGUUCACGUAGGAUCGGUACGACAAACAGCAUCCAUCAUUGCAAUGGAUAAAGAGUGUCUGAGGACGGGAGACAAGGCCAUUGUUCACUUCAGGUUUAUUAAACAUCCAGAAUAUCUCAAAAAUGGACUUAAAAUGGUUUUCCGUGAAGGUCGCACCAAAGCUGUGGGUCGUGUUUUGGAGGUUAUCCCAAAGAUUGCUUCACUUCAGCACCAGAAGAAUCAUAAAAUUAUGAAGAUGGUAAAGCAGGCUGGAGUUAGUGAUGGAUGUGCAGCACAGAAUCAGGGUGUAGCAGGAGGAAACUUUGGAGGCACUAAGAAGCAACGCAGUAGGCGAGGGGGCAAACACAGGUCGCGUGGUAGCAACAGUACCAUGUCUGGCAGUUCAGGACUCCAAAGCCCUUUGAAACUGGGAGGGGCCAGUUCUGUGCCAGCACCUGUUUCCAGUCCCACUUCUUCAGCAUCAGGCAUUGUCCACAUUGCUGCCUCUGGAACAAGUACAUCCAACGUCCACCCUCGACCAGACAACAUCACAUCACCACCAUUGGUAACAACACAGGUUUCAGUGUAAUCAACUGUAUUACCUUUUCUUUUCUAUUAUUUAAUAAAAUUUUAUGUCACGGUUCGCAGAGCUCAGCUCUGAAUAAGAUCUCACUCAAGCAGGAGUCUUGAUUUGUAAUAUAGAUGCAGUGAUAUUAUCCUUUUUUUCUCCAUUUUUAUAUUACUGGUAUUCUUAUGAAAAUACCGAUGUUAUCUGAAUGUUGUUUUUUUAUGACAUUUUCAAGAUAAAUUACUCAAUCCCUAAAUAUAAUAACUACAGUACUACGCAAGAAUAUUUUGUAUAGUAAAUCCUUUUAUAAUAUGUGGGUUUAACUAAACAUCCAUUUGACGAUAAAAGAAAAAAUAUGUUUCUCUCAAACAUAAUUGUCUUGUAAUAUAUAGCAUAUGCUGGUUUCAUAUGCCAGAAAUAAGACAAAGGCUUUACUAUGCAAUUACUUGAUUUUUCUGUCGCUUGAGUAAAAUAUUUUUUUAUUCAAGUAAACGUUUCUCAAAACUUAUUACCAACACGUAGUCAGUCUUAAAAAAUAAUUAAUGGGUAAUUGGUUGUUAAUGUUUUGAUCCUGCAGCCUAAAACAAAUAUGUAACAUACACUGCUCUCCUAGCUUACUAGUUUGGCACCUUAGGGUCAUGACAGACUCGCCAAGCUUCUGUGACAAUAUCUGGCAUCUAGGAGCACAUGCCAUUUUAUACCAAACUUGUUUUUUGUUUCAACUUGUUGAUAGGAAGCAUGUAAGAAUCAAAGCUUGAUCCACUGCAGAAAUGAACUGCUUUUAAAUAAAAGUCUCUCAAAAAGUUGCAUACAAAAACUCUGCAUACCUCAGCUACUGUUCAUGUUGGGUUCAGGGACUGCUUCACUUUCUGGUAUUUGAUAUAUGGAUUUUUGUUUUGAUUGACCCUCCCUUUCCCCCCUCCCUCCCCCCCUCUCAUGUAGGUGGCCACCUGUGUUCAUGUGGGUUUUUAUCCGUGAAGUUCCUCUGGGGUUGCUGCAGUGUGCAUUGUAUACAUUGUGGUUUAAUUUUCUCUUUUCCAACUUUUCCUCCAUUUUUACAUGCAAAGACCAGUCAUGUCAGCUGCUUGGUGUGAUUAUUUAUUCUCUAGGCUGGCCCUAUAAUACCAUGUUAGGCUUGCCCUUUACAUGGCCAGCCCCAUUACUUGGUGUGCUGGUCUGCAGCUCUGCGAUACAUGCAUGGGUAUAUAGAGGUAGAAAAUCGAUGUGGGCCGAGAUUAUCACAUUAUCACUGAAACCUGGCAUGUCUGUUGUUGCCCUAGGGUAGGAGCUAUUGAGCUGCCACCCAGAAAGGGGCAUUCCAUAACAUUCAGCACAUUAUUUUUUAAGAUUGAUUCUCAAGCAAUGAGGAUUUCUCAAGCAAUGAGGAUUCAUAAUAAAGCGACUCUCUGUAUUGCUUCAUUGUGACCUUCAGUUUAGAAUAUGGCACAUUCGUUUUUGGAUUUAGAAUUUUAAUUUGUGCAACUUGAAUAUAUCAUGUGCAUAGUUUCACAUUACUCCCUACAUGUUAACAUAUGGAUUUCUCCAGCUGAACCUCUAAACAGUGAAUAAGCAAAGAUUGUAUAGGAAGUUAGUGUGUUUGUUUUUAUUUCCAGUGAAUAAGCAGUACAUUAUAAGUAGACUUACCAUAUUUUAAUGUGAAGAAAUAGGUAUCCCCCAGUCAUCAUUGGCACAUCUGGAUCAGAUUACAGAGAAACUGGCAUACAUUAGAAUUUCAUGACCGAUAUAAUCACUAAUAUGCAUUUCGUGCUGUGGGAAAAAAACAGAAAAGAAAAAUUAUAUUUAACUAAGAGCCAUGUAUAAUGGAAAGACACAUUUGACCAUGUAGAGCUAUUGGUGAUUUAAGCUUUUAGUUUCCACAGCAUUGUAUAGUGAUGAUUGAACUGACUUGAUCUACUUGCUUCAAUGUUUCUUUUGUUAAAGAAGUUAUGAGCAUUGUAAUAAUUUCUUUGGUGGAAAUGCUAGUUUAUGUCAGAAUUAAACUGACACCCUCAUGUAUAGAUAGUGAAUAUCAUGUAAAACGGAUAGAUCGCCUCAAUCAACAUGAAAUAUAUACUGUAAUUAGCGUGUUUCAUCAAUACACAUCAGAUAUUUGAAUGCGUGUAUUGUGACACACUGUAUCGGUGGUGAAGAGCUAAUAUCUUGCCCAAGUUAAGAGGACUGCGUUAGAUAACUCGGUGCCUGACAUCUUAAUGCCAACAUGUGUUAUCCUGUUUCAUUAAUAUCUUCUGGUGUUUCAAGUUGGAACUGUAGGGUUACUAAUGGAUAAUAAUAUUGCAAUGGCAAAGAUCAGUAGUGGGCAUGUUGUAGGCACAUGGUUGUCUCCCACAAUAUAAAAAGACCGGCAGUAUUUUUAAGUAACAGUAUGCAAAUAUUGGAUAUCUAAUUUUCUCAAUAAAAUUAAUUUUAGAUUGAAUAUCGAUAUAUUUUUCUUUGUUUUUAAGAAAGUAUACACAUAUGUAAGUAUUUCCAUAUUUUAUUUUUUGGGUGGCUAACAUGGCUCGUUUGAUUAUUGAAGAGCUGAUGAUAGCGAGUGCGAUAAUAGAAGUAUACACAUCACAUAAUGGAUUAUGCUUGAAUAAUAUGAAUUAUAUUUGAUGUCAUUGCUCCCAAUUUGUAUUUUUAGGGCAAGCUACAUACCAAAAACAAAAAAAAACAAAAACAGAGUAUAUUAAGAAAUAGUAUAUUUUCAUUAGGCAUCCGAGAUGUUUUGAAAUGUAUUUUGGGUCCUGGCAAGACAGAAAUAUUGCCCGAAACAUAUUAAAAAUUGGACAUAUUGUACUUCAGAUUUUGUUCAGUAUCUGGAAUUUGAAAUUUGUCUUUUCCAUCUCAAAUGAUAAUUAAUUUAAUGUUUAUUCCUGAUGUCAAAGUUAUAUUACACUGAAGGCCAUUAAGAUAGUAAACUGGUCUAGUCUUUUUAUUGUCUUGUGUUAAAAACAAUACAAAAAAAAAUCAUAAAACACCUUCAUUUAGUGUUUUAUGAGGCAUGUUUAAGAAAGAAAUUUUACUUAAAAAAAAAAAAAAAUUGUAAAAAUAAAAUACAUAUUAUUCAAAUACUGGAAUUUUGACAAAGUAAAGGAUAAGUACUGUAUUAACAUUAGCGAGUGAAAUAUUUGGAAAUGUGGCGAACUGCAGCACAGUGCGAUGUUGUAGGUUCUUCUGCUAUGAUUUAAGUUGUGUAUAGCUCGCAUGUGCUGUGUAAAGUAGGACAGAUGAAAAUGUACAAUUUUAUAGAAAAUGAGCAUAAAUAAAAUUUAGUACAAAGUAAACACACAAAUUCUGUACAUUCUUAUCUGAGAUUGGCAAGUGUCAGUGAAAUUGAAAGAAAAUAUAUUUAGCACAUCUUAAAGCUGAAUUUUAGUAAAAUGAACAUAACUAACCAUGAGUACAAUGUGAAACAGAACUAUUCUAUACUUUAGUCAGAAACCAAGUUGAAAUUUAGUACAACCUGUAACAAGUUUAGUACAACUCUGAUAACGUAAUUUAGUACAAUCAGAAACUGAAUUGAAGUCCAUUUUUCUCUUAAAAUACAUAUGACUAAAACUAAAUUAUUUUUCUUUAUUGUAACUUUGUAAUACCUGUGUAAUAAUGUAUCUUAAAUGAUUGUUGUAAUUUUUAUUGUACUAGACAGAGUAAAACAGUUAUUCAAGCAUACUGUACUUUGUGAGGAAUUGUAGGCCCUUGAUGUGAGUGAGUGUGAGAGUGUGUGUGAGUGAGUGAGUGAGUGUGUGAGUGAGUGAGUGAGCGAGUGAGUGGUAGAUUGAUAAUGUUGGAGUUACUUCUCAUUUUGAGGCUACAAGGUAGAGCUGUGAUUUGACGUUAUGACAUUCACAUAGCUGUGUGCACAUCAAUAAUUUCAACUCCGAUUAUUUGUCCAAAGUGAGUGUAUAACAUUAUAAAGAAAUGGUUUAGGAAUGAAACUUUUUAUCCUGCUUUUGUAUAGGUGUAUGAAGCUUUGUGUCAUGGUACCUUUUUUGUUAAUACUGGUAAACUGUAGACAUUGCAAUGGAAGGUUGUCAAUUGUGAUAAAAUACAUUAGAUAUUUUAAACACUU